AUGCGGGACUCAACGAAAAAGCGGGCUGUUAUUCACCGUGACGCUGAUUCAAAACCAACAACUGCGGCUCAACCAAGAAGAUGCGCAAGGCGCCAGUCAGCUGUUUAUAAAAAGCCGGAACCAGGCUCACUUUACAACAUAAUUCACAGCAAGGCUCGAAUCGGACUUGACGUCCGUCCACUCCUUUGGACAGAUCUCCAUAGCACACUACUCAGUGUUCAUUUCAGUUAUGAAGGACUUGCCAGCUUCCCAGCCCCCAGAAUUCAUAAUGAUGUAUCAUUUCGGCCACCCAAGCCAACGGAUAUGGCCAAAAGGUUAUCCCGCGAGGUCAGCACAUUUGCGGACAGAAAAUCUCCGUCACCGGCAAAAACACACGCUCUGAGAGAAUUGAUGAGCGGCUUCUUCCCAAGCAUGUCUUCUGCCAUGGCUGAUGAGGAACUCAAGCUACGCUUUGGGAAGAGCUCUUACCAGAAAGCUGUUAUGCUUUCCAUGGUAUGGAACAAGGGGAGUCUGCGUUCACAAUCGAUUGAAUUCGCCGCCGCGCGCCCCGUAUCUUCUUCGCCUCGAAAAUCAAAAUCGAGCGAAGCCAACCUCAGUAGCGCGCCAUUGAUUGCCUUCGUGGACCGGGAGUAUCCUCCUCGGGCUCGGAAAACCCUGUUCCAGGUACCGCCAGGUCCUUUGAACGACAGCUACAGAAGCUCACCUGUUUUGAACCUUAUUCAAUUGCGUUUAAAAGGGCUUGUACCUGCUGAUACCGACCAGUAUGCGUAUCUGGUAGUGGUUCUUAUCCCCAUGGCACAACAACAGCUUUAUGGGAAUGAUGGGCGUCGGCGGUUUAAAUUAUCUCCACCCGCCAACGAGGCUCUAUCUUCCGAUUUAAGUAAGCAGUCAUGUUUAACCAUGAACUCCAUUUACGAUAUCCAAGUACGUGUUUUCAAGUUUGACGCGGCCGAAAACAAUCUUGUUAUCUAUACUGGAACUAUUGGUGCAGACUUCCUAGAGGGUUUUGCAAAUCCGGCAAGGACUCUUCACAGAAAGCCAGGCGGAGCUUCUUCAAUGCGCAUCGAUUACACGCGUGUGCCCAUAUGGCCCUUCUAUGGUCUCAAGGAGCGGCUAGCCAGUGCUUUGGGAUCUGAAGUGACAGGCGAACGAUUUGACGGCCCCGACUAUGAUUUUUAUGGCGAAGAGCUGUCAUCCAAUGAAGCGGGAUUGAUUGGAGCUGAUGAGGCAUCGUCCAACGCUGAUGAUGAAAACGGCCCAGCUGCCACCACGGAAGCCAAAGAGGACGUGGUCGAGCCCUUGAAACAUUUUAAAGAAGUUCACCACUUUGUCAAAAGCACAGAUACGAUUGUCCUUUCACGGCUGGGGGAUCUGAACAUACUUUCUUACGCCAUCGUCAAGCUGAAGUUUCUGCUUGCGAUGGCUGACUUGAAGGGCCCAGGCGGUGGCGAGCCCAUAACGCCAGCAAUGUCGCAUCUUGAGGCAUCUUUUCCUUGGCAUCUACUCUAUUCGUGCUUGAACUCUUUUUCAGCAGGCUUUAAAACCCCCGGUAAAUACGAAACGUGCGAGUUUCCCCGCACGGCCGAGAGGAGGCCGUUCCCCGAGGACAGGGCGAUGCGCGGGUUUGUGUGGGCACAGAUGGCUUUGCCGGACGACUAUUUCACCGUCAAUGAAAGCAUGGAGGAGGAUAAGAGGACUUUUGAGACAUCGUCGAUGGGAGAGUAGCGUCGUGAAAGGUGUCUGUGGCUUGCGUACCAAAUCGCACAGGUUGGGACAUCGGAAGACGCCGAGAACAAGGGUAAGGAGGGUUGUUGGAUUACGUACGAUCCCGAUACCAAAAAGAUUCAUCCAGCCACCAGGUAA